GGAUCAUACUGUUUUUUCUUUCGAAAUGCACUUUCGUCAUUUCAGUCACUGCAAAAAUGAGGUUCCCUCUGCGGCCUCUCUGGCAAUAGUGAGAGCGAGGAAGAGAGAGAGACUCGCCCAAUUCUACUGCUGUUACACAAGGAACCCUAGGUUCAUUUUCCUUCUCUGUCUAGAAACUCUUCGUGCAGAAGGGGAGUUUAAUGUUUUCAGGUUGAGUGAAUCAAUUCUAUAGGACCAAGGUGAGUGGGGACUUCUGAAGAGGGAAAAAUGAGGGCGGGGAGUGCUGCCAAGCUCAUUGUGGAUGCGUUGCUCCAACGAUUCCUUCCUCUUGCCAGGAGACGCAUUGAUACUGCUCAGGCUCAGGAUGGACAAUACCUUCGACCAUCAGAUCCAGCAUAUGAACAGGUCCUGGAUUCAUUAGCAAUGGUCGCUAGGCAUACACCUGUACCUCUUCUUGAAGCUUUACUUAGGUGGAGAGAAAGUGAAUCUCCAAAGGGUGCAAAUGAUGCUGCAACAUUCCAAAGAAAGCUUGCAGUGGAGUGCAUAUUUUGUUCUGCAUGCAUUCGCUUUGUGGAGUGCUGCCCACAAGAAGGCCUUACAGAAAAGCUUUGGUCUGGACUAGAGAAUUUUGUCUUUGAUUGGCUUAUCAAUGCUGACAGGGUUGUGAGCCAGACAGAAUAUCCAUCUUUGGUCGACUUAAGAGGUCUUCUCUUAGACCUUGUUGCGCAGCUUUUAGGUGCUUUAUCACGCAUCAGGUUCAGUUCUGUGACGGAGCGCUUUUUCAUGGAGCUCAAUAUCCGCCGCAUUGACACAAGCAUAGCUCGAAGUGAAACUCUAAGCAUAAUCAAUGGGAUGCGUUAUCUUAAACUGGGGGUCAAGACAGAGGGUGGAUUAAAUGCAUCAGCAUCUUUUAUAGCAAAAGCAAAUCCUCUAAACCGUGCUCCACAUAAAAGGAAAAGUGAAUUGCAUCAUUCAUUGUGCAACAUGCUUUCAAGCAUAUUAGCACCACUAGCAGACGGUGGGAAAAGUCAAUGGCCCCCAUCCGGUGUGGAUCCUGCAUUGACUCUAUGGUAUGAUGCUGUUGCUCGAAUACGAGGUCAGCUUAUGCAUUGGAUGGACAAACAGAGCAAACACAUAAUAGUUGGCUACCCUUUGGUUACACUUCUUCUUUGCCUGGGUGAUCCUCAAACAUUUAACAAUAACUUUGGUCCUCAUAUGGAGCAUCUGUACAAGCAUCUCAGGGACAAAAAUCACCGUUUAAUGGCUUUGGACUGCCUUCAUCGAGUUGUGAGAUUUUAUUUAAGUGUUUAUGCUGAUUACCAACCCAGAAAUCGUGUAUGGGAUUAUCUUGACAGUGUAACCUCUCAGUUGCUGACCUUUCUGAAGAAAGGUCUGCUAACUCAGGAUGUUCAGCAUGAUAAACUUGUGGAAUUUUGUGUCACAAUAGCUGAAAGUAACCUGGACUUCUCCAUGAAUCACAUGAUACUAGAGUUGCUUAAGCAAGAUAGUUUAAGUGAAGCAAAGGUCAUUGGCUUGCGUGCACUGCUUGCCAUUCUUAUGCCCCCAUCCAAUAGGAACUCUGGUCUUGAAGUGUUGCGAGGGCAUGAUAUUAGCCAAUACAUACCAAAAGUGAGGUCUGCCAUUGAGUCUAUUUUGAGGUAUUGCCGUAGAACCUAUGGCCAAGCUCUGCUCACUUCUUCAAAGACUGCAAUAGAUGCUCUUACCAAGGAAAAAUCACAAGGAUGGCUUGUUUUCCGCUCAGUACUGAAGUGCCUUCCAUAUCUGAUCGAUGAAGUCAGCCGGAGUGACAAAAUUAUUGAAAUCAUCCCUGAAUAUUGCAUAAGCAUUGAACCUGGUGUGCGUGAAGAAGCAGUGCAAGUGCUAUAUCGAACUGUUAGGUAUCUUCCGCACCGUCGUUUUGCUGUGAUGAAAGGGAUGGCUAACUUUAUUCUUCGACUACCUGAUGAGUUCCCAUUACUCAUCCAAACAUCACUAGGGCGCCUUGUAGAACUCAUGCGUCUAUGGAGGGCUUGUUCACUGGAGGAGAGAUUAUCCAGCAAUGCUCAAAAUGUUAAAUGGCAGGGUACCAAAAGUGACCCACUUCAUAGAUCGGGUCCUUCUCAUCAGUCAGAUAAAACAAAUGAGUUUCGAACUUCUGACCUGGACGCUAUUGGCCUUAUCUUCCUCAGCUCCGUAGAUGUGCAGAUAAGGCAUAUGGCGCUGGAGUUAUUGCGCUGUGUUAGGGCCUUGAAGAAUGAUUUAAGAGACCUUUCAGUAAAUGAUCGAUCUGAUGUUAGCUGGAGGAACGAACCAGAGCCUAUAUUCAUAAUAGAUGUUUUUGAAGAGAAUGGGGAUGACAUUGUUCAGCGUUGCUAUUGGGAUUCAGGACGGCCAUAUGAUUUGAGACGAGAAUCAGAUGUAGUUCCUUCUGAUGUUACACUUCAGUCAAUUCUUGAAAGUCCUGACAAGAGUAGAUGGGCUCACUGUCUUAGCGAGCUUGUUAAAUAUGCUGGUGAACUUUGCCCAAAAUCCAUCCAGGAAGCAAGGAUGGAGGUCACUCAACGGCUCGCACUUAUAACACCUAUAGAGUUCGGUGGAAAGGCCCACCAGUCCCAAGAUGCUGAAAAUAAACUGGACCAAUGGCUUCUGUAUUCAAUGUUCGCUUGCUCUUGCCCACCUGAUACUACAGAAGAUGGAGGCUUUUCAACUGCUAAAGAGCUCUACCAUAUGAUUUUUCCCUCACUGAAAUCUGGAUCUGAGAUGCAUACGCAUGCUGCUACUUUGGCACUUGGGCAUUCGCAUUUGGAGGUCUGUGAGUUCAUGUUUGGAGAGCUUUCUUCUUUUAUGGAAGACGUUGCAUCAGAGACAGAAAGCAAAGCAAAAUGGAAGAGUCAAAAGGCUCGCCGAGAAGAAUUGAAACUUCACAGUGCAAAUGUAUAUCGUAUGGUUGCGGAGAACGUAUGGCCAGGGAUGCUCACCCGCAAACCUGUUUUCCGCCUCCAUUUCCUGAGAUUCAUUGAGGACACAAGCAGGCAUAUCAUGACUUCUCCAGCUGAGAACUUCCAAGAUAUGCAACCCUUUCGCUUUGCCUUAGCAUGUGUACUUAGAUCCCUUGCCCCCGAUUUUGUGGAGUCUAAGUCCGAGAGGUUUGAUCCAAGGACAAGAAAGCGGCUCUUUGACAUUCUCUAUUCCUGGUCUGAUGAUACAGGUGGUGCUUGGGGCCAGGAUUCAGCCAGUGACUAUCGACGAGAGGUUGAGCGCUACAAGGCAUCCCAGAACCUUAGGUCUAAGGACUCCAUAGACAAGAUUUCAUUCGACAAGGAGGUGGCUGAGCAGUUGGAGGCCAUACAGUGGGUGGCUAUGAAUGCCAUGGCCGCCUUGCUUUAUGGGCCAUGUUUUGACGAUAAUGCGCGAAAGAUCAGUGGUAGGGUUAUUUUGUGGAUUAAUGGGCUUUUUACUGAACCUGCUCCUAGGGCACCAUUUGGGUACUCGCCGGCAGAUCCAAGGACACCAUCUUAUUCAAAGUUUGGCGGGGAGGGAGGGCGUUUGUUGGGGGCCAAGGACCGGCAGAGAGGAGGGCAACUGAGAGUUCUCUUGGCGAAGACAGCUCUUAAGAACCUUCUCCAGACCAACUUGGACCUCUUCCCUGCAUGCAUUGACCAGUGCUAUCAUUCUGAUGCUUCAAUAGCAGAGGGUUACUUCAGUGUGCUUGCCGAAGUGUACAUGAGGCAAGAGAUCCCAGGCUGCUCCAUCCAACGCCUCCUCAGCCUCAUCCUGUACAAGGUGGUUGACCCCUCCCUCCACAUAAGGGAUGAUGCCCUCCAAAUGCUUGAGACCCUUUCCGUUCGCGAGUGGGCAGAGGAUGGCGAGGGCUCUGCUGGCCGCUACCGUGCUGCUGUCGUGGGCAACCUUCCCGACUCGUACCAACAGUUUCAAUACAAGCUCUCGGCCAAGCUCGCCAAAGACCACCCGGAACUUAGCGAGCAGCUUUGCGAAGAAAUAAUGCAACGUCAAUUAGAUGCAGUCGAUAACAUAGUCCACCACCAAGUACUCACUUGCAUGGCCCCGUGGAUAGAGAAUUUGAACUUCCUUGCACUCCUAGAGAGUGGGUGGAGUGAGAGGCUCUUAAAGAGCUUGUAUUAUGUGACAUGGCGGCAUGGUGACCAGUUUCCCGAUGAGAUUGAGAAGCUUUGGUGCACAAUUGCUAGCAAACCUAAGAACAUCAUACCUGUUCUUGAUUUCCUUAUUGCCAGGGGGAUUGAAGAGUGUGACUCAAAUCCAUCAGCCGAGAUCGGGGGUGCCUUUGCAACUUAUUUCUCAGUGGCCAAACGUGUGAGCCUCUAUCUUGCGAGGGUGUGCCCUCAACUGACGAUUGAUCACCUCGUAUACGAGCUCGCACAACGCAUGCUUGAGGAAAGUGUUGAGCCUGUUAGGCCAACAAGCCGGCUCGAUGGGGGCUCGAGUGUGGUGCUCGAGUUCUCUCAAGGCCCAACACAAGUUGCCCAGCUGGCCGAUCCCCAACCUCAUAUGUCGCCCCUAUUGGUUCGUAGCUCCUUAGAGGUGGGCCCACUAAGGAAUGCUAGUGGUAGUCUGAGCUGGCGCACUGUAACUGGGAGGAGUAUUUCGGGCCCGCUCAAUAGCAUGGCUGAGGUGGUGGCUGUGACAGGUAGGUCAGGGCAAUUGCUUGCCUCCGCCGUCACGGCUGGGCCUAUGAUGAACAUGUCUGGGCCAUUGAUGGGGGUUCGGAGCUCAACUGGUAGUCUAAGAAGCCACCAUGUAUCAAGAGAUAGUGGUGACUACUUUAUCGAGACACCCAACUCGAUAGAUGAACCAGCAGCUGCACCUGUAGUUAGCGCAGGUGAACUUCAGUCUGCUCUUCAAGGCCACCAACACUGGCUCUCGCGUGCUGACAUUGCAUUGAUAUUGUUGGCUGAGAUUGCCUACGAGAAUGAUGAGGACUUUCGGGGCCAUUUGCCCUUGCUCUUCCAUGUGGCCCUUGUCUCGAUGGAUAGCUCAGAGGAUAUUGUAUUAAAGCAUUGCCAACACCUGCUUGUGAACCUAUUAUACUCAUUGGCUGGUCGUCAUUUGGAGCUCUAUGAUGUGGACCAUGGAGAUGGUGAGCACAAGAGGCAGGUAGCCAGCUUAAUCAAGUAUGUGCAAUCAAAGCGAGGAGGAACAAUGUGGGAGAAUGAGGAUGCGACUUUGGCUAGGCCCGAGCUCCCGAGUGCCGCAUUGUUAUCGGCUUUGGUUCUUGGAAUGGUGGAUGCCAUUUUUUUCCAAGGUGACCUUCGUGAGCUGUGGGGGGUCGAGGCCCUGAAGUGGGCCAUGGAGUGCACAUCUCGGCACCUCGCAUGCCGCUCUCACCAAAUCUACCGUGCCCUUCGCCCUGCUGUCUCCAGCGACACAUGUGUCUCAUUAUUGCGAUGCCUUCACCGAUGCCUUGGAAACCCUGUUCCCCCUGUGCUUGGGUUUGCGAUGGAGAUUCUCAUGACUUUGCAGGUGAUGGUCGAGAGCAUGGAGCCUGAGAAGGUGAUCUUGUACCCUCAGCUCUUUUGGGGAUGCGUCGCCCUUAUGCACACCGACUUUGUGCAUAUUUAUGCGCAGGCACUCGGGCUCUUUGCUCGUGUAAUCGACCGCCUCUCAUUUAGGGACCGAACCACCGAGAAUGUUUUGCUCUCGAGCAUGCCAAGAGAUGAGCUUGACUCCUCUUCCUCCGACCUUAGCCGGCUAGACUCUAGGGGCUAUGACUCGACGAUGGCUCAGAAAGAGGAGCAAGGGAGGGUUUCGGGCCUUCCGGCCUUUGAGGGGGUGCAACCCCUAGUUCUCAAGGGUUUGAUGUCGACUGUGAGUCAGGGCCCAGCCAUUGAGGUUCUCUCAAGAAUCACCCUCCAUUCUUGUGACUCGAUCUUUGGGGACUCAGAGACCCGGCUUUUGAUGCAUAUCACGGGCCUUUUGCCAUGGUUAUGCUUGCAAUUGAGCUCGGCCCAACAUCUUGAGAAAGCUCGCUCUGUUGCUGCCAAUAUCUCUCGAUGGUGCAGGGCCAAGGGGCUUGUUGGGCUUGCGUCUGUUUUCUCGUCUUAUGCACAUGGCGAGCUUGCAGGGGUUGAGGAGUUGCUUGCGAAAGUUUCGCCAUUGGUAUGUGCAGAGUGGUUUCCAAAGCACUCAGCACUAGCAUUUGGUCACUUGCUGAGGUUGUUGGAGAAGGGGCCAGCAGAGUAUCAGAGGGUGAUUUUGCUAAUGCUGAAGGCACUUUUACAGCAUGCCACCAUGGAUGCUGGCCAGAGCCCACAGGUUUAUGGGGUGGUUUCACAACUAGUAGAGAGCACGCUUUGUUGGGAAGCUCUGAGUGUCCUGGAGGCUCUAUUACAAAGCUGUAGUAGCUUAUCAGGGCACACUCAUGAAACUAGUGAAAAUGGGCAGGAAGAGAGGGUAAUGGCCUAUUCGCUAAAGGGGCGGAGUGGGCAGUUGCCUCAAGGUAGUUUAGGGGGGCAAGCAGAGGGGAUGUCGGCUAAAGAGGCGGCUUUGCAAAACACAAGAUUGUUUUUGGGCCGAGUCUUGGACACAUAUGGGAUGGGCAGGAAGAGGGAUUAUAAGAGGUUGGUGGCAUUUGUGGCGAAUAUAGGGCCAGCUACUGGUGUACAACAGAGGUGACUGUGGGUUGAGAGAUGGUAGGAGUUUCUCUCUUUGUAUUUUAUUCUCUUCUGCGUUCCUCUCUUUGUAUUUUAUUCUCUUCUGUUUUGUACUUUAUUGUAAAUAUAGAUGUUGAAUGUGUGUAAAGGUAAUGGAGCUUGAGCAGCAGCACCACAUGCUAUUUUUUCCCCCUUUUUUGUACUGUGUGUGUGUGUGGAUAGGAGAGCUUCAGUAAUGUAGCACUGCUCAUUAUCUGUUACAUUUUGGGACUUUUGUUUUC